AUGUUGUUUCCUGCUUACAGGUCAAUUCCCAGAACCUUUUUACCCUUAUCGAGGUGUAAGAUAGUUCGAACCAGUUUCAUUAGAUGUCAGAGUACACCUACGUUUGUUCCUAAACCUAACAUAAGAGUUCGUCGACCAAAAUCCAAGGAAGACUUGGCUAGGGAGAAAUUUGAAGAGCAGUUAAAUUCCGAUGUCUGGUGGGUUAGAUGGGGGGCGAUUACAAGAUCUGAGGAGUUCUCUAAGGGAAUGACUAAAUAUUUAAUUGGAGUAUACGCCGUAUUCCUGCUCUUUGGUGGGUGGUAUAUGAAGAGACUGUAUCAUAAGGAGAAAGAAUUGGAUUUCCUUGGGAAAAAGCAGUUGGCAGGUAAAACCAAUGAGUAUGAGAAUUUGAGGAUCAAAGAACUAAGAAAUUGUCUAAGAACCAGAGACCGUUUGAAAUUGGAUAUUUAUAAUAAAAUGAGGGAAGAACAAGGUAUAGAGAAUUUUGAUGGAAUCCAGCUGGAGAAGAACGACCAAAAUAAAUUGAAUAAAAAUAUUCUACCCUCAAGAGAUACCACCGACUUUUACGAUCAUAAGGCAAAUGAAUAUGAUGAAGGUGUUAAUUUUGAAGAAAGAGCCAUAUUUAUGGGCAAAAGGCGUAAAUGGCUAAUGCGCCAUUGUGAAGGUGAUGUAUUGGAAGUGGCUUGUGGUACUGGUAGAAAUAUCAAAUACUUGGAUCCUUCUCUAUUGAAUUCAAUUACAUUUCUUGAUUCCUCAGAAAAGAUGAUAGAAAUAACACAUGAAAAAUUCAGAGAUAUUUUCCCUACCUUUAAAAAAGCAGCAUUUGUUGUUGGUAAAGCAGAGAAUUUAGUGGAUUUAGCCCAAGGAAGUCACAAGGAUGGUUUUAAAGAAGAUUUAAACACAGCUAACCAAGAUAUCGACGUUGUGAAAAAGGGAUCUACUAAGGUACAAUAUGAUACUGUUCUGGAAGCGUUUGGAUUAUGUUCUCAUGAGGAUCCUGUUAAAGCACUAAAGAAUUUUGCAUUCUUACUAAAACCUGGUGGAAGAAUUAUUCUCUUGGAGCAUGGAAGAGGUGAAUACGAUUUUGUGAAUAAAAUUCUAGAUAAAAGAGCUGAAAAACGUUUAGAAACUUGGGGAUGUAGAUGGAAUUUAGACAUUGGUGAAAUUUUAGAUGAUUCAGGAUUAGAGAUUGUGGAGGAACGUAGGACUCAUUUGGGUACCACUUGGUGUAUAGUCGCCAAGAAAAAAGGUGAUAUUAAGAAGAAGAAUGAAAUUGGAUUCAUUGAGAAAUACUUCCAAUCUGGUCUCAAAGAGAAAGAAGAAGAGGCUAAAAAAUCCAGGGAUUAA